AGAAAACGCCCAUAUUCCGAGGACUGUUUGGAACACAGAUGGCUAAUGUCUUCUGACUACAUGAUUAAAAAGAGAGAAAGGGCGCUGUUCCUUGGGAGCAGGCUUAAGGAGUUUGCUGAAUUGUAUAAGGAUAUGAAAGAAAGUCACGCCCAAUCAUCUCAAACAGUUACACAGUCUUUAAAUGGUGGACCUACAGCAACUCAAUUAUUACGCUCAAAUAGCAUUCAAGAAGAACUUUAUGCCUCAUUUUAAACAUUGAAUUAUCGGGAAGCAUAUUAUAUUUACGGUGACCAUACCUACUCUUUUUAAUUUGAAGAACGGUCCUUUACUCCACACUUAUUUUGAAUAAAGAACAGCUCUGGUCGCAGAAAUGCUUUCUAAACCAGCUUUGUAACUCCUAAAUCAAA